UGGGCACUCAGGUGUGAACGAGACAACACCAAUGUGAGAAACAAAAAUGUGCGCUACAUGUUAAUUGUGUUUUCGUGUAUUGAAUAAUUUUUUCAGUCCAAUUGUGUUUGUAUCCAAAGGAAAAAAAACCAACGAAUAAUAAUACAAGCGAAAUGACUACUUCCGAAUUACAAAACUUGACUUGGGUCAAAGGGCAGCCCGUACGAGCAAGAUUAUUGGAUGCUCAACUUUGGUCCGAAUUUUUAGCCAUCAAUAAUGAAAUGAUCGUCACAAAAACUGGAAGGAGAAUGUUUCCGGUGAUUAAGACGCAAGUGACAGGAUUGAGCCCGGGGGACAUGUACACCGUGUUCCUGGAGUUUGUGCAAGUGGUCGGGCAACGGUGGAAGUACAUAAACAGCGAGUGGUCGCCGACCACCACGUCGGACCCGGCCACGAAAAAUCCGUUCUACAAGCACCCGGAGUCGCCGAACUUCGGCAAACACUGGAUGGAACAGCCGAUAUCGUUCGCCAAAAUCAAACUCACCAACAGACCGGACAACGUUGGACAGACUCACUUGAAUUCGUUGCACCAAUACGAAACGAAACUUCACAUAGUCAAAGUCGGCGAUCCGGAGGACGUUCAAAUUUUCCCGAUGCCACAGACCAGGUUCAUGGCAGUCACAGCUUAUCAAAACGAAGAGGUGACUAAACUGAAAAUCAAAUAUAAUCCAUUUGCCAAGGCGUUCAAAGACACUAAAGUCAAGACCGAGGAAAAUGAAAAAAGAGAACACCAAGAAGUUUAUCAGGUGGCUCCACUUGGAUAUGAUAAUUCAACGAAUUUCAAUGAAAACUAUUAUAUGGCCACGGAUGAUUGGUUAUCUCAGUAUGGAGGACAAAGAGAAAUGAUGACCAGAUGUCAAUGCACAGCUUGUUAUUUUGCUAAGCCUCAAGUUAGUCAUAAGAAAUGUGUACCCAUUUACAACGGUGGUCAAGACAAUGAUCAUAUUAUGUAUCAGCCAACAUCGUACAGUUGGACACAGUUAGGAGGAUGACAUGCUAAUUACAAUAUUUCUAUUUCGACAUGUUUACCAUAAAGGUUUAUUUUUAUUUGAUUUGGGUUAUAUUUUGUAUGAAUUAAAUUAUUAUCAUUGUUUUAGUUUCUAAGU